AUGGCCCAGCAGAGUUACUUCGUCCCCGGCUACGGCAUCUCCAGGGCAGUCAUCCAAGGCGAAAUCCGGUACUACUGUGGUUCUGAUGCCAUCGUCCGUCCGUACCAAUAUCAGGGGAGAGAUGGCUUUCUCGUUUGCACUUCUGGACCUCCCUUGACACAGGCCCAGAUUCAGGACAUCAAGAAUGCGUCUCGGGAAUACGAAGAAAGAUUAGCGAACCGAGCUGGUGCUGUUCCGACUGGCUACUUCGUCAAUCAACCCGUUCCGGUGUCCCACAAGCUCCGAAGGACAUCGUAG